CUGGGAUUGGCUGAAGACGCCCGCUCCUGCAGUCUGACCGGCAGCUAGCCAACAAGGGCGACGUAGCGGUCAUCUCUCAGUUUCUCCAUUUCUCCAACCUGCAGGAUGCAAGCUGGGGUACCUCUUCUUAAGGUGAACGAACUCUCAACCUCUGCUCGUGCAUCGCGGCUCCUACCGCAUCCUUACUCUCUUCUGGCAUCCUUGGUGACGCGUGUAUAAUCCAUACAAUACUCUUGUUUUAUAUUUCUAUUCACCUUGAAUUCCAUAAAGGUCCGACACUAUCAGCUCCUUCACCCCGUGUUGUGUGGGGGAUAGCUGUGGUAGUUCGACUUGCAUGUGAUAUCGCCUCUAUCCUUGCGGCCCCCAGACUUGGGAACAUUCCGACCACUACCUACUCUGCGCAACGCGUCCCUUUGUUCUUGGGUUGAACUCCGUUGGUCAACAUGGCGUUGUCUUCCAAUAUCAAGGUCCCAGAUCUACGAGACCGUCUAGGGCCCGUCUUGCCUUCUUUGCCACCCGCUGCACUCUCAGUAGAGGUUUCAGAUACCAUCCUCCCAUUUCUCUCACCGAUAUUACGCCAGCGGGUACAGCUCUUAUCUGCGUCUAGCACAGAACCAUGGAUCGGGCUGUUAUGUUACGAUCCUGCAAAGGUACCAAAGCUCUCGGAGAUUGCCCAGAGCAAUUGUCUAGAGCCUCAUCCUGUCAGUGGUGAGGUCGAGGUCGAUUGGGAUUAUGACGCCGAGACUCGCUAUCGCAGGGUUGACGAAGAAACUCUUCAAGCCCUCGUGGCGCUACAAGGUUUUGGAUUGUCAUUUCGCCUCGUCUAUUGCGCGGGGGAUCCUAUGGGCGGGGAUGGAUGGAGAGUUGGUGAAGUCAGUGUUGUCGAUACACCCUCUGCUUUCUCGUCUUUUGGGGGAGUUUCGACCAUCGAGGAGGCAGAACGUCAAUUCAACGAGUCCAAGACAAAGAAUGCAGCAUCGGCGACCGGGGGCUCCAAGAACGCCACCGCAACAGCAGAAGACAAUGACGAUGACGAUGACUACUGGGCUCGGUACGAUGCAACCCCUGCGCGAACGCCCGCUGCGCAACGAUCACCUGCGCCGGGUUCGACAAAUGGUCGCAACACAGGAAACGAGGAGGAAGAUUACUAUGCCCAAUACGAUUCGGUACAGCCUGCCAUGGAUAACCACGAUCCAGACGAGGAGGUUAACAUGCCAGAUAUUGCACCGCCUCUGGGUCUCUCCUCGAGAUCAACGCAUCCCGCUCACGAUCAGCGGAGCGACGAGGAGGUCGAGUUGAACGAAACUAAUGGUGCUUGGACUCUUGCGGACUCUGCACGAUCGCCGUCUGCAAGCCCGAAACGUGAGAGUGAUCCUAGCAUUGCUCACCCUCGCCCGUCAUCGAGUGCCAGCUCCAAUGCAUCGGUCGAGAAACUCGAGGCCGCCGCAGAAAACUUUGGCGUCCAACAGCACAUAUCAAGGAGCAUUAAGAGCCUCUUCAUGCUGUCGCGCGCGUCGGGAAUCGAGCGUGCCGAUUUUGAGCGUAUCGUCAAGACAGAGCUUGAUAUGUUGGGCCUGAUGGAAUAUUGAGUGAGAGGAUUUGGGUUGGGACGUCUUGGGUCUACAGCUACAUUAUUGCAUCACGUUAAGGCGUAAGGGAAUUCAUCAAAUAAGGCAUUCGAGAGCAUGUCGUUUGGAGUUUAUAUGACGACAUUCACGGAAAGUAAUCGCAGAAUUUGAACUUGUGAACAGGUCAAACCAGCUACCUUCAAAUUUGUGAUAACUGUGUUAUUUUCUAGGCCUUCUCACCCUGCAUUCUACCCACAGGGGAGACAUGCUAGUUUUAUACGGAGUGCCACGUUGUCACAACGGAUAUCUUCUUUAAGAUGGAUACUAUACCACCCGACGAACAUUCGUGUAAACGCCUCUUAGACAUCAUCAUGCGAAGGAAGUUCUCCGAAAGUUGCAAUACAAAUAAAAUAAGAAACUAUUUUUGCGCGAAAUCUGGAAUCAGUAUGGGAUUUUCAUUUGAUGUCAUGUUGUUCUCAACCAAUGCUUUGCCAGCCCGUGGCGACCUU